CUGCUAUGCCUUUCGUAAUUCCAAGGAUGUGUAUGAUCAGGCAACUCUGUUCACUAGUGGUGGGAAUGAUCGUAUUACGGUCUGUACCAACAGCAACCGCAGCACCACCACCACAUGCCCUGCCACGGUGCACCGGAAACUGUGGUGCCCUCCCAAUUCCAUAUCCAUUUGGGAUAGGCGAUGGAUGUUACCUUCGACCAGAGUUCAACAUCACUUGUGACCAAUCCACCACACCCCCAUCAGCAAACCUCACGAACACUACUACUUCUAUCACCCACUUCUCCAUUGUCGAGGGUGAGUUGCAAGUACUGCAGGCUGUGGCCCAAGAUUGCUAUGACGACAAGGGUGUACUCAUAAACAACAAACCAAGUAGCCUGGAGUUACCUUUUCCUUAUACAAUUUCUGAAAGAAACGAGUUCUAUGCUGUUGGAUGUAAUAGCAUAGCAACGUAUCAAGGUACUAGAAUCUUGGGGCCAGAUGAGGAAGAAAACUCGGGGAACACUGUGACAGUGUGUGAAAAUAGGCUAGGAAAAGAGCUUCCCGCGGUUUGCAACUUAUUUGGGUGUGCCCGGAGUUCUGUCCCGGCUGGACUACACAACAUUUCAGUGACACUGGCUGCACUGGGUUCGCAACGAAGGGUUAAUGACAGCUGGAACGUCAAGUACCCCUGCAGCUAUGCCUUCAUUAAUGAACAAGACAAUUUCACAUUCGCCGAAGCUAGAAGUUUUCAGCAACUGCAAACCACAAGGCAGCUACUUCCGGUGAUUCUUAAUUGGGUGAUUGAUACUCGGGUGACUGGGGAGAAGUCAGACACAUGUGAUAAAGCUCUAUUAAGGGAGGAUUAUCCGUGCAAAGAAAACAGCAGGUGUAUCAAUCAGCAAAGACAGUUUUUGCAUUAUAGACCUGUCAAUGUGCCUGUAGGUUACUUGUGCCAGUGCUUGCCAGGCUACGAAGGGAAUCCAUACGUCGGUUGCCGAGGUAAUGACGAUUCUUUCUUUGAACUAUAUACAAAUACAGAUCUGCAAGCCCAAAGAUACAAUUGCAUAACAGCAAACAGAGGACCCAAGACCUACUUCCACGACAGCGCCGCCGACCACAAAACUGGAGUCGCGAUCCGGCAGAGAUCGGAGAAGAAGGCAAGAGAAACUUGCUGCACCUUCAUGUAUCUGAAUAUUGAUGAGUGCUCGAUGCUAAGAUCAUGCGUCAAUGGAGCGUGCGUUAAUAUGCCAGGAAAUUACUCCUGUGUAUGUCAUAAGGGAUACAGAAACUACACCACCCUUGACGGACGCUUCUGCAUUGAAGAUGAUCCCGGCACUAAACAAGCUCCUCUCUUGCUUAUUUAUAUGUUUGCCGCCGGCAUUCCGGGAAUCUUGUUUCUAGUAAUCGGUACAUGGUGGUUUUACAAAGCCAUUAAGAAGAGGAAAAGCAAUAAGCGGAAGAAGAUGUUCUAUAAGCAAAACGGUGGUUUGUUACUAGAGCAGCAAUUAUCUUCUGGUGAGGUUAAUGUUGAAAAAAUUAAGCUGUUCAGUUCAAACGAGCUAGAGAAAGCCACAGAUCAUUUCAAUGCAAACAGGAUUCUGGGAGAGGGAGGCCAAGGUACUGUUUACAAAGGAAUGUUAACAGACGGAAGAAUUGUUGCGGUAAAGAAGUCUAAGAUAGUUGAUGGAAGUGAAAUUGCAGACUUCAUCAAUGAAAUUGUGAUCCUUUCACAAAUUAACCACAGACAUGUUGUCCAACUAUUGGGGUGUUGUUUAGAGACUGAAAUUCCUCUUUUGGUCUAUGAAUACCUACCAAACGGCACACUUUCUCACUACAUUCAUAACCAAGAUCAAGAGUUUCCUCUUACAUGGGAAACACGCUUACGAAUUUCGAUCGAAGUUGCAGGAGCUCUCUCCUACUUGCACUCAUCAGCUUCUUGUCCUAUUUACCAUCGAGACAUCAAGGCUGCAAACAUACUAUUAGAUGACAAGGAUAGAGCAAAAGUUGCAGAUUUUGGAACCUCAAGAUCUGUUUCCAUUGACCACACACAUCUUACCACCCUAGUACAUGGAACAUUUGGUUAUUUGGAUCCAGAGUACUUCCACUCUAGCCAAUUUACAGACAAGAGUGAUGUGUAUAGUUUUGGUGUAGUCCUUGCUGAACUUUUAACUGGACAAAAACCAGUUUCUGUGACGCGGUCGCAGGAAAGCAGAAGCCUAGCAGCUUAUUUCCUUCUUUCCAUGGAGCAGAAUCUUCUGUUUCAUAUUCUUGAUGAUCAAGUUAUAAAUGACGGUGGGAAAGAAGUGAUUACAGCAGUCGCAAACCUUGCACGACGAUGCUUAAAUAUGAAAGGAAAAAAACGUCCUACUAUGAAAGAAGUAGCAGUGGAAUUGGAGCGAAUCCGAUUGUCAACUAAAGGUUUCGAUCAUGUUCAAGAAUAUCUGACAGAUAAUGGAGACGUUCCAACCCAGGGAAUAACCACCGAGGCUCAUUGGGAUGCUGUUUCUACAUCAACCGAUUUUUUUACAGAAGGUGGUACAGGUUCUUCAUGGGAUGUACAACCACUAUUGUUUGACACCCUGUAUAGUGCAAUGGCCUUGCAUGUGAUACUCAUUAUGCAAUUCUCAGUAAUGGGAGUACUACUGGUUGCAUUAGCAGCAGCUGAUCAAGCUCUCCUGCCUCAAGCUCUGCCUGGCUGCACUGACCGCUGUGGUGAUCUCGUAAUUCCAUACCCAUUUGGCAUAGGUGAAGGGUGUUACCUUCGACCAGAGUUUCAAAUCACUUGUGAUCAAUCAAUGGAACCCCCAUCAGCAAACUGGACUGAUAGUAAUAUCCACAUCACUAACUUCUGGCUUACAGAGGGUGAGAUGCAAAUAAUGAGUUACACUGCUCGAGAUUGUUAUGACCAGAAAGGCGAGGGGACCUACCAAAACAGCCCCGAGUUAACGCUGAUUCCGCCUUAUACCAUAUCUGCUACCAAAAACAAGUUCAUCGCGGUUGGCUGCGACACAUACGCAAUCUUUACAGGAUACCAAGGGGAACAAAGGUACAUAACCGAGUGCAUGUCCUUGUGUAACAGCCUUGGCAGUGUUGAUGAGUCUUGCUCUGGCGUUGGUUGUUGCCAAACCUCCAUCCCUAGUGGAAUGAAAAACCGUACUGUCACAUUGAGUAGCUACUAUAAUCACUCUGAUAUAUGGAGUUUCAACCCCUGCAGCUACGCAUUCAUUGUGCAAGAAGGUCAUUUUCGUUUCUCUAAUACAAGCUUUCAAGAACUGAGUGUCACCGAACAAGUGCCAAUGGUUAUUGACUGGGCAAUUGGGAAUGAACCAGACCCAUGUGAUGCAGCUGAAAGGAGGCAGGAUUUUGCCUGCAAUAACAAUAGCGAAUGCGUCAACCACGACAACAGGAAUGGUUAUGUUUGCGAGUGUUUUCCAGGUAAUGAAGGCAAUCCAUACCUCCCGGACGGUUGCCAAGAUAUUGAUAACUGCAAGGAUUCAAACCCCUGCAAGAUCGGAACAUGUGUAAAUUCACCUCCGGGAGAUUACUCUUGUUUAUGUCCAAAAGGAUACAGAAACGACGUCAUGGAUGAAAAGACCUGCAUCAAAGAAAAUCCCAAAAACCAAUCAAAGAUCACUCUCCUGCUUGUUAUUUCAUUGAGUGUCAGUCUAGGCUUCUUGGUUAUACUGGUCGGGAUUUCAUGGAUAUAUUGGGCGAUGAAGAAAAGAGAUUUCAUCAAACUAAAAGUGAAGUACUUCAGAGAAAAUGGAGGUUUACUGUUACAGCAACAACUAGCUAGCCAUGGAAUGGUGACAGCAAAACUCUAUAGUGCAGAAGAACUUGAGAAGGCCACAAACUAUUACCAUGUAAGUACAGUCCUUGGUAAAGGAAGUUACGGAACAGUAUACAAGGGAAUACUACCAGAUAACAAAGAGGUCGCAGUUAAAAAGUCCAAAACUGGUCCUCGUGCUCAGAGUGAUCAGUUUGUUAAUGAGGUGAUAAUUGUUUCUGAAAUAAACCAUAGAAAUGUGGUGAGGUUAUUAGGUUGUUGCUUAGAGACAGAAGUGCCUUUACUGGUUUAUGAGUUCAUCAGCCGUGGAACUCUUUCUGAACACAUUCAUAAAGAAGUCAAAGGAACAUCACUAUCAUUGGGUUUACGACUGAAGAUAGCAGCAGAAACAGCUGAAGCACUAGCAUACUUACACUCGUCCACUUCCAUGCCAAUCAUUCACCGAGAUGUUAAAGCAACAGAUAUACUACUCGAUGAAAGUUACACAGCGAAAGUGUCAGAUUUUGGAGCUUCAAGAUUGGUUCCUCUUGAUCAAAAUCAACUAUCAACUUUAGUGCAAGGGACACUGGGAUACCUGGACCCUGAAUACUUGCUUACGAAUCAGCUAACAGAAAAGAGUGAUGUCUACAGCUUUGGAGUUGUUCUUGUGGAACUGCUAACUAGUAAAGUUGCACUUUCUUUUGACCGCUGUGAGGAAGAAAGAAGCCUAGCAAGCUUCUUUGUUCGUUCAAUACAGGAGGAUCGCUUGAAAGAAAUCAUCGAUGAUGACAUAGUCAAUGAUGGAAAUGUUGAUGAGACACUGAAAAAUAUGGCUAAUCUUGCAAAAAGACGUUUGAGAUUAAAAGGGGAGGAAAGGCCUACCAUGAAAGAAGUAGCCACAGAGCUGGAUGGAAUGAGAACUAAAAUAAUGCAUCCAAGGGGUAAAGCUGAUUUUGGCUCAGAAGAGACUGAGAAUUUGGAGACGGGUACUGUUGAUGGUAAAUGUGACUAUGGUUUCAGUAGUACAAUUACUAGUACAGCUAGUUGGUAUGACAGUAUGCAAAAACAAAUGUUAAUGCCAUAUGAUGAUGGAUGA